GCUUAAUCCGGGCGGGCGGCAUGAAUAGGAGGAGUUGGAGGAGUUGGGAAGGAUCAACUCUGUUGGUACACAGUAUAUGCACUUGGGGCGCGCUCUGCGGAACCCCAGCCGCUGCUGCAGCCGCCUCUCGACAGCACGGCUUAUGUCGAAUCCAGCCUGUCGUUCUCAGUGGCCCCAAUGACGAUCUGUCUAAUGGGACCAACAGCGACACACGCUCAUUCCGGCCAUCGUCUUAGUCCUUGGAGGCCGGGCUUAGAGAUGCAGAUCCCGGGGCACCGCACCGAUACGUCGCAGGCGUCUGCUCGCCUCCGCUGCGAGAUUUCUCAACACACACCGAGCUCCACGCUCGUCGGUCUCGAAGAGGGAUGUCACACCAUGUCAUCGAAGCAGCUUCGUCGGCCAAUAGUAGUGGUCAAGACCACUGAUGGCACGUCCACCCAUCAUCAAAGAGGCUUGUAAGCCCCCGCGAACGAUGUACCGUCUCACCGAUACAACCCCCCUCCCUCCUCAAGAUCGUCCCAUCGUACCAAGAUCCAGUCGUCUCGGCUACGCAGUACCUGACUGGGGGCCCUCUUGUAUGGAGGGAGCCCUGAUAAAAACGAUAUAUUCAUAGACUAGGGAACAAACUUAUCCUGCUGCGGGGCGUUGCAUCAGGGUGAUCUCUGAUCUCCCUCCGGCCAGAACAAAACCACCACACAAUGGCGCGAGCGGGACCACCAAGUCAAACCUCCAAACAAGCCUGGUUUCUAGAAGCAAGGCCGUUUCGCAGCCAACCGAGCGCCCGUUGAAACGAGUUAUGAACGGCGGUGAAAAUUUCCGAUGGGGAAGCUUGCUCGGCCGCCGGCUCUUUGGUCCAUAGCGCACCUCUCCAGCCACGCACGUGUCUGGGGAACGCCCGGCGGCGCUGGGCCUAGCCGUCAUCCACCAUGCUCGUUGGCUGCUUGUGUGUCCGUGAUUUCUGGGCUGUGUGUGGGUAAUAAAACAGACAGGCAGGCACUGACGAAACAGCCCGGAUAUGCUGUAGUAAGCACUGGCCGGGUGGCUGGCCAAGAUAUCUGCCCUCUCCUGGAUCGACACGGCGGAGACUAAUCGGCACAUAUCGACAUGCUGCAAUUGCGGUGACUCUACCCUACUCUACGUUGGCAUUGCAAUGGACGUCGAGGCUGGCCACCCAGUCCGUGCAGCCUGCAUGCACACUUUGAGCCUCACAAGUCCCGGCGUGGCAACGGUGGUAUGCCGUUAUAAGAGCAGGGCCCAGCACAUAUGGGCGCUCACGCGACCUCUUUUUGACCACACAUCACCUACAGAGCACAUGCAUAUAGCUAACAAAGUUAUCAGCAGGCCUUUGGUGGCCGCAUCCCAACUGCAUGGUACACAAUGCACGCUGAUUAUCGCCACCACCACCAGAUGCACCGCCGCGGGUGUAACAGAUGUUUUUUAUUUUGGCCGGGCCUCGAACAAUCUGUAAAUCCGCGAUGCGAUGGCAAGACAAGACAAGACAGACGGGGCGGAACCCAAAAAAAGACCGGCGGCCCGUAGGUAGUUGUGCAGCUCUCCCCCGUUUGAUGACAGCGGUGCGAUGCUACUGUAUCUAUCUGCUGCUUGGCCCCCCCUCGUCCAGAAUCCGCAGCCUGGCCCCAAAGUAGGUAAACGUGCCCGCUUAGAGUUGGUGAUCGACCCUGACCUGCCCCUGUCGAUGAGCCCUGGGAUCGUGGUUGGUGGGAGCUGUCGAGUCUGUCGUCUGCCCUGGUGCAUGUCGUGCUCUACCGACUGUUUCCCCUUGCUAUACGGUACCGUUUCCCAUGUGCGAGAACUGCUUGGGGGAGCCUCACAAACAACAGACAGACUUUGUCCCCGCAUCGGCACAGGGCCAUGAUGAACCUUCGUGUCGUCACUGCGAGAGGUUCGUCUCUGCUAUACGGCGCAUGCCUGCCUGGUCGCCCACGCCCUGCCGUACCGUAUCGUACUUCGCCGUGUCGGAGACAGAAGACAAGACUUGGUGUACUCGAGAAACGUGCUGACUAAGGUGGUCGUGCUGGGCACUGGGCUUGGGUGGGCUAAAAUUAAGCCGCGGCCCCUCUGCGGACCGCCUCCAGACUACUGCGGCCGUCUCGAUUGCUCCUUUCUGGGGGCCCUUUUACCCUGCAACUGGCAGCCCCCGGCCGACGCGUGUCUUGGCCGAGAUAGGCUUUGGGAGGAAGAAAUGCGCCCCCAAUUGUUUCACAACUCCCACAUGGAGGCGAGAUGCUCACAGCACUAGCCCUUCAGUCCAUACUUCCAAGCAGUCACAGUCAGUCGGGACAAGCGCCUCCAAGUCUCAUCUAUCCGGUCGUGACCUCCGAGCACGGCGGCGUGCUAUUCAUUCAUUGUCCAGCAUACGACAGCUACCUGAGCACCUUCAAUCCGACCCCUGCCUCCAGCCUUGACUACUACUAUCCAGUCAGCCCAGCCUCGUUCCCGUAUACCCUCGACCAGAGCGCACGCAAGCUGGGCCGUAGUCAGCCCGUCUACCACUCCGCACGCCCGCCUCACCCAGGAGAACGACCUGCCGACUCGCGACAGCUCGCCGCCUCCAGCCUCGGCCGGUGACGUGAGGUGCCCUCUGUGGCCCGAGUGCGCACGACGUAUGCGCCUCUGGUAGCCGCCCAUACCUUCCGCGGCGCCAGGAUACCUGUGAGGUCGGAGAUGCCAUGGCUCUAGGCGGCUCAUAUGCGUCAAAACAGAACGUCGUCAUUGGCGCCGUUCUGUUCAUGUUCCUGUGGUACCUGGGCUUCAACAGCCAGGCGACCCCAGCCAAGAGCAUUAUCAAGACGACAGCGACAGAGACACUACAGGUCGACUCAUCAAAGCACGAUGGCCCCCUCGAACUCGACGCCUCCCGCCCCGAGGGCCAACCCGAACUCCCCCUCCCGACCAAGCCAGCCAAGGUCAUCAACCCCUAUAUAUCAGAGGGCCAGCUGAACCCCUCCGGCCGCCCCUCCAAGGGCCCGCUGUCCCCUCCAGCCGACGACCCAUGGCGGCCCCUGAUCCUUUACGCCUUCUCCGACUCGCCAAGCUCGCGCGAGAACCUGCGCUUCUUCCUCCACCACGGCCUGCACGCCGCCGCCGACUUCAUCUUCAUCCUGAACGGCAUGAACAACGAGACGGCCCGGGAACUCCUCAUCCCGCAGGGCGCCUCCAACAUCCGCACCGUCUACCGGCCCAACACGUGCUACGACCUGGGCGCGUACGGCGAGGUCCUCCGGGGCGACAAGGUCCCGAUGGGGAUGGGGCCGGGCAGGCUGGCGCUGUACCAGCGGUACAAGCGGUUCCUGCUGCUCAACUCGAGCGUGCGGGGGCCCUUCCUCCCGCACUGGGGCCAGGCCGCCUGCUGGAGCGACAUCUUCCUGGCCAAGGUCAACAUCCAGACCAAGCUCGUCGGCAUGACGGCCAGCUGCUGGCCCCACUUCCACGUGCAGUCCGAGGUCUGGGCGACCGACUUUGUCGGCAUGCACCUCCUCAUGCACCCUCCGCGCCCGGGGCCCAACGCCACCAACGUCGACGCCUUUGCCGGCCGCGACGAGCCCGUGGGCCUGGCGGGCUGCUACCCGGACCUGAACAGGGCGCUGCACGCCGAGCUGGGCGCCACGCGCGUCAUGCUCGACGCCGGCCACGGGGUCGACCUGCUCAUGUCCGCGUACCACGGCAUCGCCAACUACUCGGCCGCCUGCGACCCGGACGCCCACGGCGACAUGCUGUGGGACCGCAAGUACUUCGGCGCCAACGUGCACCCCUUCGAGACCGUCUUUGCCAAGACGAACCGCGACAUCGACCCCGUGCUCGUCGAGCGGCUGACCGAGUGGCAGUGGAACUCGGGCUGGCGGAGCUGGGACAGCUGCGGGGCGUGGUCGACGUGGUGAGGGAGGGGGAGGGGCUUAUUAUUGGCAUGGCUUGGGCCGCAGGGGGGAGGAGGCAGAGGCAUGUGUGGGCAUGUCGCUCGUCCGUUACUGCCGCUGCUUACUUGUAUAUGAGUAGACGGCGUUGGGAAACGAGGUGAAUGGUUUGUUAUUUCCGCAAGGCGUUAUGGCUGGUUGUUUGUCGUGGAGUUGCUGCUGGACCAUCUAUCUGUUCUUAUCGUAAUCCAGGAACUCUUACUUGUGCCUACCUGGAACAUUGUUUUUCUGGUCUGUGUGGUGGUCGACCAACCAGCCCCUAUUGGCCUGAUCUUGCCUGCAGGUGGGGAAGCCCUGCCAGAGAUGUUGUGUCGUCGUGAAGCUGCCCGGGUCUGUGGCCCACUGAGAAUCAGCCUUGGGUGCUCAAUCAACAGGAUGGUGUCUACCCGCUGCUCUUAUGGAGGAUUUAUGCCACGGGGUCGCAACUCUUGGUCAAGGUAUCUCGUCACCGGCGAACUCUCACGUUGUAAUUUGUUGCGUUGAUCUUUGCAUGGACCAGCC